CCUUAUUUAAUACACCCCACCCAUUUUCAUUAAGGGUAUUUUGGUAAACUUUCACCUUUUUUCAACUCUCCUUAAAAACCGCAAAAAAUCAAAACGAGAAGAUCUUAGGGAGACAGAGAGAGUACUUAUUUAGGGCGGUCCAGCCUGUUGGGCCGGCCCAUUGAUCUUUGUAUGUAAACCCUAGCCCUAACUCUCCCCUUAUAUAUACCCAUCUUCUUGGAAGAGGGAGGGGGAGAGGGAGCUCAUUCCAUGCACGGAUUUACGUUCUAAGAGGCACAAUAAUACACUCAAUUUACUUGAAACCAAAUUUGUACACUCCCGACUUAGUUCGAUACUCUUCCGCCUAGUUUCCUAGGCCCUCUCGGUUCCCGAACCCAACAUUUGAUAGGGUCGAACACAUCAAGCGUGCUCCAAAAACAAAAAAAAGGAGUGAUUCUUCCAAAUCUUCGUGGUGGGAUUCGGUCACUGGUCUUGGAUUCCCCACCCAUCGCCGACCAGAUCUGUCAUUCGCACACGGAAGACCCCCGCCGGCUUGGACGGGCGCGCCUCGCCGUAGAUCUUCUGAGGAGGUACCGGAUUGAGUUCGCCAGCCAUCGCCACCGCUAGGAAGGUCCAGAUCUUCGAGCCACCACCCAUCGCCGGCCAGAUCUUGAUUCCGCACAUAGAUCUUCGAGCCACCACCAAGCGCGGGCUUCGAAGCACGACGGGAGAGCCUCGCCAUAGAUCUGCUACAGAUUCGCCUUUUGCUCUGGCCGGCAACGAUCCACCGGCGUAGACCGUACGAACGCGACGACCAAUGGGGUUCAACAACAGCAACUUCAGAUUUGGUAACAGAUUUGACGGCGGUCAAGGGCGUCGCUGUCCCUACGGUCGGCGAUACCAGCUUCGCCGGCCAACAGUGCUCCCCCGACCAGUAGUGCUGCAAUUACGAUCCGACCCAGACAUUGAUCUUUCCACCAGCGACGGGUCAGCGGCUUUGGGUUUUACAACAGCCGUCCCUGCAAUCCGCUCGCUGCUACGUUCAUGUUCCGGCGACGCCUUCACUCCGACGAACGCGGCGGCGGCAUGUCUCCGACGACAGAUCUGCGACCGAGUGCUGCAACAGCAGACCGGUGCAGCCGACUGCGAGCGAGUCCGAAUCCGGUAGCCUGACUCCGACACCUAGUCCAGGCCGGCAGCGACCCAUUUCCAUCCUUCUGGGGAUACUCCUCUGUGUGCAGGCCUACCUUGUAGACGUCGGCGUGAUUCAAUUGUCAAUUCGACAAGUGCACAGGCCCCUCGAUGCGCAGGAUUUCUUGACAGGACCAUGCUACACACCCCACCCUUCCUACCUCCACCCACUUCUCUACCACAUAUUUAUCUCUGUCUAUUCUCCACCCACCCUCUAAUUUUAAUUUUCUUGCCUCUUUACCACAUGUUUAUGUAGUGGGCAUGGGUGGUAGGAAGUGUGGGGUUUUUAGCAUUUUCUUUUUUGAUGAGCAAAGCUAUUGCUUCUGUCAAUCUGUCGGCUCUAUAAGAAAAGAAAAGGAGCCUA